AAUAAGAAGGAAUAUUCUCCUCUCUGUUUUUUUGUCGUCUGUACAACAGUAAAAGUACGAUGUUCACUCGCGGGAGAUUAUUGUGAAAUUGAAGCAGUCGAAACAAAUCGACUUGCCAAUUUUCUCAAAGUUAAAACCUUCAAUUACUUGUUCAGCGGUCUUCACAGGGUGAGCAUGGAGAUGGUGGUGACCGUCUCGUCGCUGGGGGCGACCACUCUGAUCAGCCGAGGAGCGCCGGCACCGCCGCGGAGCAAGCGCAGCACCCUAUCCCAGCGGCCGUAUCGGUGGUGGAAGACGCGGCGGAGGCGGAAGAGGAAGAAGCGGAGGGAGAUGGAGUUGGGUAGGAGGCCCGCUGUCACUAAGGGGAGCUUGAGGAUGAAGGGGAAGAGGAGGGAAGCCAGGAUCUGGAAGUUGCUGUGGCCGCCGCCGCCGAGGAGGGCAUUUAGCUUCCCGAUCGCCGCCAAGUGGACUCCCAUCGAUCCUCACCUCGGCAUAAAAAGGACAAGGGCUCGAUCGGAUCAGACCAGAUUUGGGUUCAAAUCUAGGGCUUAAAUGAAGAGAUCAAGCUUUGGAGUAAUAUGGAUCGUCCAUUCAAGACUUGAGGAGAUCUGAGCCAUCUAUCAUGAUCCAGUCCAUCCAAGCCACAGGGGAGUAGAUCACGACCAUUGAUCAAGAUCUGAAGAUUUGGAACUGAUUUGGAGUAAUUUUAACCGUUGGAUCAAUCCGGAUAAAUCACAGCCAUCUGUUCUAAUCUUAAUCAGUUUUAAAUGGGAUGAGAAGCUACAGUGAUGGCGUGAAUUUUCUACAGUAGCGCGUCAAGAAACAGGGGUGAGCUCGCUCCGGCGAUUUCGAUCCUUUCCACCACCGGCGAGUAAGCGAGGUCAAGGGCAUCCCUUCCUCUAGCUGAAAUCCAUCCAUUAGCAACUGGCGACGCCACUUCAUCCUUUUGUUCCAUAUCUGAUUGCAAUUUCUGCCGCGACUUCGUGCGAGGAAGAAGAAGCAAAGAAGGAGAAGCAAUUCGGUGGUUUAAGCUGAUUCCUUUGUCUUCCGGCCAGUUAUCUUCCUUUCUUGAAGCUCCACACCCAUCUCUGAUUGAAGCUUUGCCGAUCAUCAACAACGCCAAGUUAUUCUGUUUGUCUUCAUCGCCGAGUUCUUCAUCCGAUGCACACUAAAUCCAAGCUAGGGUUUCUCCAGUUUGAUUAGUGUGAAUCCUCUGAAUGCUAGUUUCUUCAUCUCUAUUUGAAUUCUAGUUUUGUUGUAGUUGAUCAAUGCAUAGUUGAUUCAAAUUCCCUUGCUAUUGCUUUGAAACCUUCGGUUAAGGUCAUUU